CCGAACCGAACCGCACCGGACCGCACCGAACCGGACGGCACCGAACCGGACCGCACGGACCGCACCGAACCACACAGACCGCACCGAACCGCACCGAACCGGACCGAACCGCACAGACCGCACCGCACCACACCGGACCGCACCGGACCGCACCGGACCGCACGGACCGCACCGGACCGCUCCCGCCCGCCGCCCCGGUCGGGAGCCCCUGACCCACCAUGACGUUCAAGCAAGCGUCCAUGAUGGCCCCGGAGGCCACGGCCAGCACGCUGCCCAUGAGCACGAUGGAGAACUCCACUGAGGCUGCGGGGCCGGGCGAGAGCAAGGAGGACAUGUUCACCAAACUGAGGGACAAGUUCAUGAAUGAGCUCAACAAGAUUCCCUUGCCACCCUGGGCCCUCAUCGCCAUUGCGGUCGUGGCUGGACUCCUCAUCCUCACCUGUUGCUUCUGCAUCUGCAAGAAGUGCUGCUGCAAGAAGAAGAAGAACAAGAAGGAGAAGGGCAAAGGCAUGAAGAAUGCCAUGAACAUGAAGGACAUGAAGUCAGGCAACCAGGACGACGAUGACGCAGAGACGGGUCUGACGGAGGGGGAAGGUGAGGAAGAGGAGAAGGAGCCGGAGAACCUGGGCAAGCUGCAGUUCUCACUGGACUACGAUUUCCAGGCAAACCAGCUCACAGUGGGGAUCCUCCAAGCUGCUGAACUGCCAGCUUUAGACAUGGGUGGCACCUCAGACCCCUACGUCAAGGUGUUCCUGCUCCCUGACAAGAAGAAAAAAUACGAGACCAAAGUGCAGAAGAAGACCCUCAACCCUGCCUUCAACGAGACCUUCACCUUCAAAGUGCCCUACCAGGAGCUGGGUGGGAAGACGCUGGUGAUGGCCAUCUACGACUUCGAUCGCUUCUCCAAGCACGACAUCAUUGGUGAGGUGAAGGUGCCCAUGAACACUGUGGACCUGGGCCAGCCCAUCGAGGAGUGGCGGGACCUGCAGAGUGGCGAGAAGGAGGAGCCAGAGAAGCUGGGAGAUAUCUGCAUCUCCCUCCGGUACGUGCCCACGGCUGGGAAGCUCACUGUCUGCAUCCUGGAGGCCAAGAACCUGAAGAAGAUGGAUGUUGGGGGCCUCUCAGAUCCCUACGUGAAGAUCCAUCUGCUGCAGAAUGGCAAGAGAUUGAAGAAGAAGAAGACCACAGUCAAGAAGAAGACCCUGAACCCCUACUUCAAUGAGUCUUUCAGCUUUGAGAUCCCCUUUGAGCAGAUACAGAAAGUGCAGGUGGUCAUCACAGUGCUGGACUACGACAAGCUGGGGAAGAACGAAGCCAUCGGCAAGAUCUUCACAGGCUUGAACUCCACGGGCACGGAGCUGCGGCACUGGUCUGACAUGCUGGCCAACCCCCGGCGGCCCAUUGCCCAGUGGCACUCGCUCAAGCCCGAGGAGGAAGUGGAUGCAGCUCUUGGGAAAAACAAAUAGGCAGCUCUGCCGGCCGGCGCGGCGCUGCGGACAGUUGACCCAGAGCUACUGAUACCUCAGUUCUGCAACCUUCCUUUUGGUUUUUUUGUUCUGUUUUAAGCUGAAAUGUCCUUUGAUACCUCUGGAAGGGUAUCCAGGCAGUCCCAGUAGCUUCCAGGGGAAGAGGUUAAAGACAUGGAUGGUUC